CGUUAACAAAAAACUAUACCUAACUGACCUUUAAGUUCAAAUAUAACAAGAUGAAUGUUUAACCCAUUUCUUAAGUGACUAUUUAGAUUCAUAAGAGCCCCCUAAAGAAAGCAGUCGGUUGAGAUGAACAUAUUGUUCUCUUGCUGGUACAGUGAGUGCAGUGUUUGACUUAUGUAACUCCAUCAUCUCUGAUUUGUUGCCAUUAUACACACAAACUGAAACGCAAUAAACAACAUUUUAUGAUAAACUUAAUUCUUUUUUGACACAUUGUUCAUACAGAGCUCAUAAAAAGUUUAUGUUGAAUUCAGUGAAACAAUGAAAAAGGAUAGCCUGCACUUCACUUAUUUUGUGUGCUCUCUAACACUAUUUUUCUUUUCCAGUUUAAAUUUUCAAGUAAGUUCUUUAUCUUUUUUUUUUUUUUUUGCAUCGCAGGACUACAUGAGCUGCAGCACAGCACUGUAAUGCACUGGAUGGGGUGGGGGAAAAGGAUGAGAGACUGUGUGUGUCAGUCAAUGAGCCCCUCCCACCUCCUGUAUAAAGGCUCCCUGUCUGGUGUGUAGGAGCUAUUAGCAGAGUGACACAGCUGCCUUACAGAACCAGUGGCAAUCUCAAGAAACCUGUGGAGUACUCUUUCACAACUGAAUCUACAAGAAGAGACUUUUCUUAUCAGCCUGAAAUAGCCAAGAAUUACAGGAGGCAAAAUGAAAUUGAUCUUCCAGUCCUUCCUCUAUUGCUGUCUGCUGGCGACAGUAGCACACUGUGUGGAACUUGAAGUGAAUCCGGAGUUGAAAAAAAGGCUCAGCAUAUGGCUAGGGAGCAGAUUGAGACGGGAUCUUGACAGCAUAUCAGUAGAGAAGACAGAAGAGUCGGAGCACUUUGUCAGACCAGAUGAUAUCAGGGAUACUUUGCUGCCACAUUCCAGCACUGACAUUAAUAUCCGAACCAAGAGGUCUAAAAACUCAUCCAACCAGUCAAGAGGACAAGGCUGUUCGCUGGGCACCUGCACAGUGCACGACCUGGCACACCGCCUGCACAUACUCAGUAACAAAAUGAAGAUCAGCAUGGCGCCUGUUGACAAGAUCAGCCCACAGGGAUACGGCCGGAGGCGUCGAUCUCUUCCAGCGCACAGAGUCACACUGAGGCUAGAGCAGGGCAGGCUGAGGCCCGCAUGGAGCGCAACUGACUCACAAGUUCACAAGCUGGAGGCUCUCCUCAGACGGACAUGAGCAGGACUUUGCAAGAGGAGCUGAGAACAAAAGCGAGGGAGUUGCUCAGAGUUAGUGUCCUCUCUGCUCUGUUCUAAAAUUCUCCACAUGCCUCAGACUCUGGCCAAGUACUCUCCAGCACAUUUUUUCCAGGCAUGAGGACUGAGUCAGAGCAAGAUUGGCUGCAGUGAGUUUCUCGAAAGGCUGAGCCGUGCAGCUCUGCGAUGUUGAGCGUGCAAACAACUGCAGCUGGCCUACAGACACUGGAUGGCACGGCGUGGGGCAAACAGGUGCUGCUCUCUGCUUGGUAGAGGGAAAGGAAGAGUGCUAAAACCUGGCCAAUAAGUGGACACAUCCUCUGGUUUAAAGAGGGAACACACUUCUAACAUUCUGGGACUUUACACAUUUCUUCCUCAAGGCCAAGACUUUGAUAAGUGCUAUCCUCUAAGGAUUAUACCACCAUGUUCCAAACUGUCAGUACUUGUCUGCACUUUUCCAUUUGGACUUAAAGUCAAAUGAAUCAUCAGGAAAAGACAUCUUCAUCACAAUGCCAAACAGGAAGAUACUCUACAGAGCUCUGAAGCUCUCAGUUUAUAUCAAGUUUUGGACACUGUAUAAGGGAAAAUGCCUUAGAUUCUGUGAGAUAUGUGCCAGUCCACAAUGGACUGAAAUAUACUUGAAAUUGUUAUUGUUUGUACAAAAACAUGUGCAAUCUAUAUUUGUUUUUAUUGCAGGUAUAUGUAUAUAUGAAUUCCUUUAUUUAAAUAUUAUAUAGAGGUUACAUUAAAGUACUUAUGCAGAUAGAACUAUUUUUGUACAGGAAGAAAUAUAUAUGGGCAUUGUAGCUAUUUGUCAUUAUUAUUUUGCAAACUGUGGUAAUAGGAUAUGUUUUAUAGGUAUAUUAUAUAUUUGUAAAUGUGCUCUAUUUUAUUUGUGUCAAAGCAAUAACAUUGUUAUUCAAUAAACAUUUUGCAUACAAAAUCUAAAUCUUGUCCAGACCUC